CUGUUCGUUCCCAGUUCGGGUUUUCGGCUUCCCACCUUCAGCUGGUCAGGGACUGCUAACAACCUUAAGGGUCCGCCGGGCGUGGGCCAUUAGAGCCCCACGAUCCCAUCGAUGCGGGAGGCCGCCAGGAACCCUUUUAGCAGGCAAGCCCUCAGGGAUGAUAAGGACGGUCCUUCCCAACCCUGGGGUCUGGCUCGCUCCACCUUACGCGCCCCUAUACCCCACCCUCGCUUCUGAUUUCCCUCCGGCUUUUGCGUCCCCUCCGCUAGGCGCAACUCAGCCUGCCCCUCAAGGAGCACCCUCUUUUAGAAGGACGCCCCUACAGGGUUAACAGCGAUGGAGCCGGGACACAAGCCUGGCCCAGCCGCGGACCACACUUGCUGGCGGACGGGCGGCGCGUUGCCCCCUAGGAGUUGUAGUCUGCGUAGCAGUGUGAGAAUGCCGCAGUCGCUGCUGGGUGAUGUAGUGCGUAGGUGGAGCUCAAAGUUCCAGCGCGGCCGCUGAGUCUCCCCCUGGGGAGUGGGCGGCUGCUGCUUUCCUCUCAGGCCCAGGAUGUCAAAUGAGAGCUAAUCCCAGCUGAACUCAACACAGGCCAGCGCCUAAAUUAGGCUCGACGUCGCAGUUAAGCGCUGUCUGCUAGCUGCUUUUCCUGCUCUCUCUCUCUCCUGGGAGGCGAAUCCUUGAGCCCGAGAUGGCAGCCACCCUGCUCAUGGCUGGGUCCCAGGCACCUGUGACAUUUGAAGAUAUGGCCAUGUAUCUCACCCGGGAAGAAUGGAGACCUCUGGACCCUACACAAAGGGACCUUUACAGGGAUGUUAUGCAGGAGAAUUAUGGCAAUGUUGUCUCAUUAGAUUUUGAAAUCAGGAGUGAAAACGAGGUGAAUCCAAAACAAGAGAUUAGUGAAGAUGUGGAAUUUGGGACUGCAUCUGAAAGACCUGUUGGUAAUACUGAGGACAGUCCUGAAAGUGAAGAGGCCUUUGAAAACAGGGAUAGAUCAGAAAGACAAUGGGGAGAUCUCACAGCAGAAGAGUGGGUAAGCUAUCCUCUCCAACAAGUCACCGAUCUGCUUGUCCACAAAGAAGUCCAUACAAGCAUCCGAUAUCAUAUAUGUUCUCAUUGUGGAAAGGCCUUUAGUCAGAUCUCAGACCUUAAUCGACAUCAGAAAACACAUACCGGUGACAGACCCUAUAAGUGUUAUGAAUGUGGAAAGGGCUUCAGUCGGAGUUCCCACCUUAUUCAGCAUCAAAGAACACACACUGGGGAGAGGCCCUAUGACUGUAAUGAGUGCGGGAAAAGUUUUGGAAGAAGCUCCCACCUCAUUCAGCAUCAGACAAUCCACACUGGAGAAAAGCCCCACAAAUGUAACGAGUGUGGAAAAAGUUUCUGCCGGCUCUCUCACCUAAUCCAGCACCAACGGACCCACAGUGGAGAAAAACCCUAUGAGUGUGAGGAGUGUGGGAAAAGCUUCAGCCGGAGCUCUCACCUAGCUCAGCACCAGAGGACCCACACAGGUGAGAAGCCUUACGAAUGUAACGAAUGUGGGAGAGGCUUCAGUGAGAGAUCUGAUCUGAUCAAACACUAUCGUGUCCACACGGGGGAAAGGCCCUACAAGUGUGAUGAAUGUGGGAAGAAUUUCAGUCAGAACUCCGACCUUGUGCGCCAUCGCAGAGCCCACACAGGGGAAAAGCCAUACCACUGUAAUGAAUGUGGGGAGAAUUUCAGCCGCAUCUCACACUUGGUUCAGCACCAGAGAACCCAUACUGGGGAAAAGCCAUAUGAAUGUAACGCCUGUGGGAAAAGCUUCAGCCGGAGCUCUCAUCUUAUCACACACCAGAAAAUUCACACUGGAGAGAAGCCCUAUGAGUGCAACGAGUGUUGGCGAAGCUUUGGUGAAAGGUCAGACCUAAUUAAACACCAGAGAACCCACACAGGAGAGAAACCCUAUGAGUGUGUGCAGUGUGGAAAAGGUUUCACCCAGAGCUCCAACCUCAUCACACAUCAAAGAGUUCAUACAGGAGAGAAGCCUUAUGAAUGUACCGAAUGUGAGAAGAGUUUCAGCCGGAGCUCAGCUCUCAUUAAACAUAAGAGAGUUCACACUGACUAAGUCCUGUAAUUACGACUGAGAAAUGAAUGAUUUAUUUGAAGGUACAAUUUUAUUUGAUAUCAAAGAGCUCUCUCAAGACUGAGCUGCUUUUACUGUACUGAAUUUCCUUGUUGUGGGCCACAGUUUAAAACAUCGAAGAAGACAAGCCACUUGAAAUUCUGAUCCAUGGCUUUGGGAAUGGUAUUCCUUCCUCCAAAAUAGUGAUUUUUAUUCACCCUAUAUUAAUGAAUUAUUUCAUCAAAAUCAGCCCCACAAGUAACUGGAAAUCUGAAGACCAGGUGCUAAAUGCUGGUAAAUGCUCAGGCCUGGAAAUGGAGUAAAUCUUUAAAAGUAAUUUCUCCCAUCCUUGGCCCAAAGAACUAUGCUAGGGGAAAUAUUGACCUGUGAUAGGGUGGUCACAGCUGCUUUGGUAAAAGACAACCAGAGACUUUGCCUGAAUUGCCACACCUAUUCACUCACCAUAGUAGCUGGGCACACACAUCUUCCUUUCAAAGGGCUUUAUCCUUGAGUUGCUCAUGCAUUUGUAUCUUUCUGUCUUCCUAAGAGCAGGAUUCUGCGUGAUGAAGGCAAUGAGCAUAACUUUUUGCCUCAUUGUUUCUAAUUAACUUUUUUAAAGCUUUCAUGUUUGUGGAAGCUAACUGAAGAUACAGAUUGAAAGGAAAAAUGAGACACAGAUUUGGGGACCAAGGACUCAUCAACAGUGGUGACUUUAGCAAGAGAUGCCCACUGUUAUUGCCAUUAAUCAGAAUUUAUUAAUUUUCUUUGGGGAUCACUGUAGGGAAUAUUGUAGGGAAAAUAUCUUCAAGGAAAGAUAGGACCAUAAGUGAUGGUGGAGUGUAAGGAGCAAGUGGAAUUGACCACUUCAGGGAAGGAAACACAGAGUCCCUUCCCAAGGAACGCAGGUCAUUUCUCUGUUCUUUCCCCUCUACCGUUUAAGAUCAAUUCUCCCUAUACUGCUAACUCUAGGAUUUGAUAAGGGCCACAUCCCAGUGUUUAUCUUAGCUUGCGUAAGGGCAUGUGUAUGUACAUGUAAAACGUGUAUUCCUGUUGUUUUUCCAGUAGCAGAAACUGAAUUCACACUGAAUUAGCAUGUUCUUGGGUGAUAUUGAUCAUGUGACAGAACUACAGACAUAACUCCAAUGUGAGAAAUGUCCUUUUUUUCAUUCUUUAUGAAAAAAAAAUUGAAACACUAGUGCUGUAAUGUGUACUCUCCUGUAAGAUCUGUCUUUGUACAGAACCAAGCACUUGUUUAUAUGUAUCAGUCAGUUGGAGAUUAUUACCAGACAAAUGGGUUGAUUGUCCUGUUCUCAGACUGAAUUAUCUUCUCUUUGGCCUAGUCACAGGGAAUUAAUAAAACUAGAUAGGAAAGUAUUUCCAUUCUCCCAGCCUACAGAUAUAAGUGGUUACUGUAAGAGUUGACCCACUUUAAGCCCAGUAGUGUCAGUUCUCCUUAUCUCAGCCCAAAUAGGAAUUAAGAAAUAUCCCAAAUGUUGAUGCUUAUCCAAGCAUUUGGGGGUAGGAGUGGGAGGGAACUGAUGCCCCGGAGAUGGGACUAGAGUGAGGAAUAUAUAUUUUUUGAGCCUGCCCCACGUUUUUUCUACUGUAUUGUGAGUGUUGUAAUGUUUGAAAAACUUUUGCCAUAGCUCUUUGGGACUUGGCGUUAAAGGGGCCAGUGGUCUCCCUUGGGUAGUGUACUAUAGUGAUUUAUUAUGACCCACAACCAUGUGGGUCUGCAUCCCUUGCAAAUGACACAACCUCAAAAGUAACAAUGAAAAAACACUCCACCAAGUAGGUGUCUUUAUGUUGUCACUCUUAUUUAAAUACAAACUCGGGCAGGGAGCAUGUUUUUCGUUCUAUACAAAACCUAGCUGACUUUGGAUAUUCAUAUUUUAAUUGUUGAAUGACUUACAUGUUCUUGAUGACUGAACUCAAAUGUCUUUUUCCCGUAUCAGUGUUGCUGGUGGUUUUAAUGAAUAUCAAAGUUCUGUUGUUUCUGUGAGCCACUAGGGGCAUCAGCUUCGGAGUGGCUGUAGAAGAAGACAGCAUCUCCAUGACCUAACUAUUUUACCCCCUUUUCCUUCCCUACUCCCCUGCCCCACCCCCAAGCUGUUCCUUCUGCUGCUUUUGGCUUCUGAGUGCCCCAGCCCUCUCUCCAGACAUGUACACUUCAGUUGGGAAGUUCAAAGGGCAAGGGCCGGACCAGCUCUGUCUCCUCUCUUCCUGCCAGUUGUUGCCCAUUUGCUGUGUUGAACUCUGUGUAAAGUUAUGCCUCUCUUUGCUAAAGCUUUUUGCAUGCCUUCUGCUCCCAAGUCUCUGGCUGCUUCUGCACACACCCUGAACACAUUGUGCCUGUUUCCUAUGGUUGUGGAGAGUGAGUGAACAAGUAAGUAUGUACAGCAGUUUUCCUUAUGGUAUUGGUCACAGUUAUCGUGUCUAUCUAUAUCUGUAUAAUUCUAACAAUAUCCUGUAAUUAAAAGUAUAAUUUUUAAAAUCAAAAAGCUGAGAAUUAUUUUAGUAAUCCAGCACCAAUUCAUAAAACGGCUUUUCAUCAGAUUUAUUAAAAUUGGGCACAAUUGUUUUUAUAUUGAUGCAUUUGUACAGAUGUUCUUGCGGAAAUUUGGGAAUACCGUGUCUUCACAUAUUGGUGAGCCCUCUGGAUAUUGCCAUAUUUUGGCAAGUGCAAAAACCUGGACAGUUCCCUGUGAAGAUUAGGCUGGUGGCAAAACAACAUGGAAAUAUUUGAU